ACAUGAGCAUGAAUUCAUGCUUUGCAACACACUAUAAGUCUAUAACCAAUGUAAAUUGCAUGAUUUGAUCAAAAAAUGAGUCAUAAGGAGGUUGAGUACUCUGAAGUGAAUGUGCCCUUUUCAUGGGAACUCAAGCCUGGAGUGUCCAAGGCCAAAAAUCAAGAGGGAAGCAUUGAUGUACUUCGUUUCACCCUGAAUUUGCCUCCACCACCCUGCGCUUCCCAGAGUGCAAGGUUCAAUUCCUGUGAGUUUCAGAAGUCUCUUCCUCCCUGCAUACCUCAUCCUCCCCUGUCGACGAGAGGAUCAUUGAAGAAGAGUACUACUAGAAAGCAGGAUGACCCUUUUGUUGCAGCUUACAGAAAAUGCACCGAGUGUUCUAUCAAUGGGAAAAAUGAGGCCAACUCUAGGACAAAGAAGAAGAACAUUCGCCAUAUGUCCUGUAAGUAUUCCUGCUCCGUUAGCAGUGAUAAUGUGGUGAGGAUUGCUCAGUUUCCCAGGCUGAUUCUUAAGGAAAUUAGACGGAAAGAGGAACAGAAACACAAGGAAAACAGAAAAUAAUCAAAUUUGAUGCUCUAUCUUCCCUUGGUGUAAUGAUGUGGGUAUGAGUUAAAAUUAAUAACUUCUUGUGACAAUCAAAAUUAUUCGCUCAA